GCAUCAUUCAGGCUCCUCCAAGACCCACUUUCACUCUCUCAUCGCUUUGCAUCUCCUCAAAUCAGCUUUGCAGCUAUCAUCAUGUCUGAAAUCCAGACAGCUAUGACCCUCCUCAUCUCCACUUUUGAAAAAUAUGCUGGCAGAGAGGGGAACAAACACACCCUGAACAAGGCCGAGCUCAAAGAUCUGCUGCAGAGUGAACUUGGAGAAAUGCUGGGGAGAGCCAAUGACAAAACAGCAGUGGACCGCAUCUUCAGUGAGCUGGAUGCAAACAGAGACAACAGCGUGGACUUUGAGGAGUUUGGAAAAAUGAUCUUCUGCCUCACUGUAAUGUGCCACGAGUACUUCAUUGGUAAAAAGUAGGUAUCCUGGCGCCACCUUGGGGCCGGCAUAGAGAGCUGCCUUCCUGUGAAAGAUGGCUGUUCUGAGGAAGGAAGACAAAUGUUUACAGUUAAUUUAAAGUCACAAAAAAUGAAGUUGUAACAACAUAUGAUGAAAUAAACUUUUUCUUUUCUUGUUCA